AUGAAGAACCAAAUUUGUUUUACAAGCUUUGCCCUCUUCUUCUUUCUUCUUCUCACAAAGUGGUCUGGAGUUGAAAGUCAGACUUGCAAGCCCAGUGGCAUAAUCAAGGGGAAAAAGCCUCCACCAGGACAAUGUAACAAAGAAAACCACUCUGAUUGUUGUGUGCAAGGCAAGCCUUACACUGUUUAUAAGUGUUCACCCCCCGUGUCUAGUCAUACAAAGGCGACACUAACCAUCAACAGCUUUCAGAAAGGUGGAGAUGGUGGUGGACCAUCAGAAUGCGACAACCAAUAUCAUUCUGAUGAUACUCCUGUGGUAGCACUGUCAACAGGAUGGUUCAACAAUAAGCAGAGGUGUUUGAAUUAUAUCACCAUCUAUGGCAAUGGAAGGAGCGUAAAGGCUAAAGUAGUUGACGAGUGUGAUUCCACUAUGGGGUGUGAUGCCGACCAUGAUUACCAACCUCCAUGUCCUAAUAACAUUGUUGAUGCCUCUAAAGCUGUCUGGAAGGCCUUGGGGGUGCCAGAAAGUGAUUGGGGUGGAUUAGAUAUUUAUUGGUCUGAUACUUGCAAGCCCAAUGGCAUAAUCAGGGGGAAAAAGCCUCCACCAGGACAAUGUAACCAAGAGAACCACUCUGAUUGUUGCGUGCAAGGCAAGCCUUACACUGUUUAUAAGUGUUCACCCCCCGUGUCUAGCCAUACAAAGGCAACACUAACCAUCAACAGCUUUCAGAAAGGUGGAGAUGGUGGUGGGCCAUCAGAAUGCGACAACCAGUAUCAUUCUGAUGAUACUCCUGUGGUAGCACUGUCAACAGGAUGGUUCAACAAUAAGCAGAGGUGUUUGAAUUAUAUCACCAUCUAUGGCAAUGGAAGGAGCGUCAAGGCUAAAGUAGUUGACGAGUGUGAUUCCACCAUGGGUUGUGAUGCCGACCAUGAUUACCAACCUCCAUGUCCUAACAAUAUUGUUGAUGCCUCCAAAGCUGUUUGGAAGGCUUUAGGAGUGCCAGAAAGUGAUUGGGGUGGAUUAGAUAUUUAUUGGUCUGAUGCUUAA